AGGCGUCGGUCGUCGUCCGUGUCGACGGAGCACCAAAGAGAGUUUGAGAGGCCGCGACGGCGAGCCGACAGAAGACCGGACGAGCUGAACAGCGAGGAGGAACCCUUCGUCAAACCGGGCACGAUGAGACCCAAGCCACCGCCGCCGCAAAUAGCCAAAGCAACGCGCUCCUCGGGCCACUCGUCGCCCAUGAGCAAGACGUUUCCAGCCAUGAGCGAGCAAGAGUUUCUGAGCCGAGUCGGGUCCCACGUCACGGUGAGGCAGGAGACGGCCUUGAAGGAGCCCAUCCGGGUCCUCGUGACGGCGGUGACGACUGAGCUGGCCUACCGCAUGCUCAUUCCUCUGGUGCGCGGAGACGUGUUCGGCGUGGACCAGCCCAUGGUGCUGCAUCUGUACGACGAGAGCGAGAACAUAUCGGACAUGGAAGGCAUCGCCAUGGAAAUUGAGGACUGCUCGUUCGAACUCCUUAAGCAGAUCGUGUUCACCGGAGAGGACGAGGUGGCCUUCCUCAACGUCGACGUCGCCUUUCUCAACGACUCGGUGCCCGUUGAUGGGGAUCGGGCCCUGUUCGAGAAGUGUGUGCAGACGUACGCCGGUCACGGCAAGGCGCUGUCAGCGCACGCGAAGAAGACGGUCAAAGUGAUCAUCACUGGACACCCGAUCAACACCAACACCUACGUCUGCAUCAGGUACGCGAAGAACAUCCCAUACGAGAACUUCACCGGCCUGUCCAGGCUCAACCACAACCGAGCUGUCACACUCCUGUCUCAGAGACUGGGCGUCAUCCCCAACAAGAUCGUGAACAUGAUCGUCUGGGGUCAUCGCGGAGACAUGCUCUUGCCGGACUACCGUCGAAGCGUCGUCAUCAAGAAGGCCAAACGGUACAAGAUCUCGGACCUCGUGAGCCACGACUACCUGGACGAAGGGCUGCCCGAGGAUGUGAAGAUUCGCGACGACCUCGUCCAGAAGCUCACCAAGCAUCCUGGUAUUCUGUCGAGGGCCAAGGCAGCCUUGCGACCAGAUGCGCGACUGGUGGAUCGGCCUGCCGGCGGGUCAGUUCGUGACCAUGUCCGUGCUCAGCGACGGUGUAUAUGGCGUCCCGCCCGAUCUCGUGUUCUCCUACCCGGUGUUCAUCGACAACGCGCGGUCGUGGAAAGUGGUGCAGGGCAUAGCUCUUGACGAAAAGCUGCGACACUGUAUCUCCGAGUCAGCCAAGGACCUUGAGCGGGAAAGAGACGAGGCUAUGGAGAUUUGCACCGAAUUAGCGCUGUGAACAGUGAAGGGCAAGCACUCAUUUUCGUGGCGAGGUCGACGAAAGGCAAGGCCAAGUCUAUCGGACAAUCCAGUAAACCGAACAAUCACGUUUCGCUAGCUGUGUCGGUUAUAGGUUUGUGCAAGGAACCAUCAGCACUCGAGGUGCAUUAUAACGAGCUCUACUCGCCUACAGCUUUGUGUAGUCUCAUUUUGCAAAUGAA